AUGUGUGUAGCUAUGAUGGGAGUGGUCCUUCUGUUUCUGCUGGCUCUCUGGCCUGGAGGCAAGGUGGAUGCUAUCGAUGGACAGGUCUUGGCUAAUGUGGUACAAGAGCUGAGAAGGUGGGUGUUUCUCUGUUCAAUCAUAGUCUAAGUACUCCUAAAUGUCUGUUAGACAGAAUCAUUAGGCAUUAUUUGAAAUGUAAAAUUUUGGGGGGAGAUUUGAAGGUGCAAAGAUAACAUUUUUCUUAACCUUCAUAUCAUGUUUUUGUUCUGUCUUGAAUGUUUGGUCCACCGUUAUAAAAACAUGUUCAAACCGUGAACCUGGGACUGUCACGUUCGUUGAGAGACGGGUCAGACAAAGGUGCAGCGUGGUAUGCGUACACGUUCGUUUAUUGAAUAAAACACAGAACAAAACAACAAAACUAACGAAACGUGAAGUUCUACAGGCUAACAUAAACAAGCCAAACACACAGAAACAAGAUCCCACAACUAAAGGUAGGCAAAAUGGCUGCCUAAGUAUGAUCCCCAAUAGAGACAACGAUCGACAGCUGCCUGGGAACCACACCCAGCCAACGUAGAAAUACAUAACAUAGAAUCUAAACAUAGAUACAUAGAUUUUCACACCCUGACCAAACCAACUAGAGAAUAACAGGCUCUCAAGGUCAGGGCGUGACAGGGACAAACACUUAGCCCAGUAAAUUAAGCCCCUGGGCUGCAGACAACAUUUACAUUUACAUUUUAGUCAUUUAGCAGACGCUCUUAUCCAGAGCGACUUACAGUUAGCGAAUACAUAUUUUUUUUAUACUGGCCCCCCGUGGGAAUCGAACCCACAACCCUAGCGUUGCAAACACCAUGCUCUAUCAACUGAGCUACAUCCCUGCCGGCCAUUCCCUCCCCUACCCUGGACGACGCUGGGCCAAUUGUGCGCCGCCCAUGAGUCUCCCGGUCGCGGCCCGCGGCGACAGAGCCUGGAUUCGAACCAGGAUCUCUAGUGGCACAGUUAGCACUGACAUGACAUGUCAGGCAUGCUAGUAUAGACUGUAUUGGUAGUAUAGACUGUAUUGGUAGUAUAGACUGUAUUGGUAGUAUAGUAUGUAUUGGUAGUAUAGUCUGUAUUGCUAGUUUAGACUGUAUUGGUAGUAUAGACUGUAUUGGUAGUAUAGUCUGUACUGCUAGUAUAGACUGUAUUGGUAGUAUAGACUGUAUUGGUAGUAUAGACUGUAUUGGUAGUAUAGUCUGUAUUGCUAGUAUAGACUGUAUUGGUAGUAUAGACUGUAUUGGUAGUAUAGACUGUAUUGGUAGUAUAGACUGUAUUGGUAGUAUAGACUGUAUUGGUAGUAUAGUCUGUAUUGGUAGUAUAGUCUGUACUGCUAGUAUAGACUGUAUUGGUAGUAUAGACUGUAUUGAUAGUAUAGUCUGUACUGCUAGUAUAGACUGUAUUGGUAGUAUAGACUGUAUUGCUAGUAUAGACUGUAUUGCUAGUAUAGACUGUAUUGGUAGUAUAGACUGUAUUGCUAGUAUAGACUGUAUUGGUAGUAUAGACUGUAUUGGUAGUAUAGUCUGUAUUGGUAGUAUAGUCUGUACUGCUAGUAUAGACUGUAUUGGUAGUAUAGACUGUAUUGGUAGUAUAGACUGUAUUGGUAGUAUAGACUGUAUUGGUAGUAUAGACUGUAUUGGUAGUAUAGUCUGUAUUGGUAGUAUAGUCGGUACUGCUAGUAUAGACUGUAUUGGUAGUAUAGACUGUAUUGGUAGUAUAGUCUGUACUGCUAGUAUAGACUGUAUUGGUAGUAUAGACUGUAUUGGUAGUAUAGACUGUAUUGCCAGUAUAGACUGUAUUGCUAGUAUAGACUGUAUUGGUAGUAUAGACUGUAUUGGUAGUAUAGACUGUAUUGGUAGUAUAGACUGUAUUGGUAGUAUAGACUGUAUUGGUAGUAUAGUCUGUAUUGGUAGUAUAGUCUGUAUUGCUAGUAUAGACUGUAUUGGUAGUAUAGACUGUAUUGGUAGUAUAGUCUGUACUGCUAGUAUGGACUGUAUUGGUAGUAUAGACUGUAUUGGUAGUAUAGACUGUAUUGCCAGUAUAGACUGUAUUGGUAGUAUAGACUGUAUUGGUAGUAUAGACUGUAUUGGUAGUAUAGACUGUAUUGGUAGUAUAGACUGUAUUGCCAGUAUAGACUGUAUUGGUAGUAUAGUCUGUAUUGCCAGUAUAGACUGUAUUGGUAGUAUAGUCUGUAUUGCUAGUAUAUACUGUAUUGGUAGUAUAGACUGUAUUGGUAGUAUAGACUGUAUUGGUAGUAUAGACUGUAUUGGUAGUAUAGACUGUAUUGGUAGUAUAGUAUGUAUUGGUAGUAUAGUCUGUACUGCUAGUAAUAGACUGUAUUGGUAGUAUAGACUGUAUUGGUAGUAAUAGUCUGUACUGCUAGUAUAGACUGUAAUUGGUAGUAUAGACUGUAUUGCUAGUAUAGACUGUAUUGCUAGUAUAGACUGUAUUGGUAGUAUAGACUGUAUUGCUAGUAUAGACUGUAUUGGUAGUAUAGACUGUAUUGGUAAUAUAGUCUGUAUUGGUAGUAUAGUCUGUACUGCUAGUAUAGACUGUAUUGGUAGUUUAGACUGUAUUGGUAGUAUAGACUGUGUUGGUAGUAUAGACUGUAUUGGUAGUAUAGUCUGUAUUGGUAGUAAUAGUCUGUACUGCUAGUAUAGACUGUAUUGGUAGUAUAGACUGUAUUGGUAGUAUAGUCUGUACUGCUAGUAUAGACUGUAUUGGUAGUAUAGACUGUAUUGCUAGUAUAGACUGUAUUGCUAGUAUAGACUGUAUUGGUAGUAUAGACUGUAUUGCUAGUAUAGACUGUAUUGGUAGUAUAGACUGUAUUGGUAGUAUAGUAUGUAUUGGUAGUAUAGACUGUAUUGCUAGUAUAGACUGUAUUGCUAGUAUAGACUGUAUUGCCAGUAUAGACUGUAUUGCUAGUAUAGACUGUAUUGCUAGUAUAGACUGUAUUGGUAGUAUAGACUGUAUUGCUAGUAUAGACUGUAUUGCUAGUAUAGACUGUAUUGCUAGUAUAAACUGUAUUGUUAGUAUAGUCUGUAUUGCCAGUAUAGACUGUAUUGCUAGUAUAGACUGUAUUGCUAGUAUAGACUGUAUUGCUAGUAUAGACUGUAUUGUCAGUAUAGACUGUAUUGCUAGUAUAGACUGUAUUGCUAGUAUAGACUGUAUUGCCAGUAUAGACUGUAUUGCUAGUAUAGACUGUAUUGCUAGUAUAGACUGUAUUGCCAGUAUAGACUGUAUUGCUAGUAUAGAAUGUAUUGCUAGUAUAGACUGUAUUGCCAGUAUAGACUGUAUUGCUAGUAUAGACUGUAUUGCUAGUAUAGACUGUAUUGCCAGUAUAGAUUGUAUUGCUAGUAUAGACUGUAUUGCUAGUAUAGACUGUAUUGCUAGUAUAGUCUGUAUUGGCAGUAUAGACUGUAUUGCUAGUAAAGACUGUAUUGCUAGUAUAGACUGUAUUGCUAGUAUAGUCUGUAUUGCCAGUAUAGACUGUAUUGCUAGUAUAGACUGUAUUGCUAGUAUAGUAUGUAUUGGUAGUAUAGACUGUAUUGCUAGUAUAGUCUGUAUUGGUAGUAUAGUCUGUAUUGCUAGUAUAGACUGUAUUGCAAGUAUAGACUGUAUUGCUAGUAUAGACUGUAUUGCUAGUAUAGACUGUAUUGGUAGUAUAGACUGUAUUGCUAGUAUAGACUGUAUUGCUAGUAUAGACUGUAUUGCUAGUAUAUACUGUAUUGCUAGUAUAGACAGUAUUGCCAGUAUAGACUGUAUUGCUAGUAUAGACUGUAUUGCUAGUAUAGACUGUAUUGGUAGUAUAUGCACUUUAACCUCAUAGUCAGUCGUUGUAUAAUUUCAUAUCCAAAGUGCUGGAGUACAGAGCCAAAACAACAAACAAUGUGUCACUGUCCCAAUAAUUAUGGAGGGCACUAUCUCAGACCUCUCUUAACUUUGUCCAUGAGAUGGUGCUGAUAAUUUAUGCAUAAGUAACAGUGCACAUAAUCAUAUAUUCAAACUUUUGUUUUGGUGAAAUAGACGGGAGUGUCCUCCUCCUGUCUGUUACUAAUGUUUCAGAAAUAACCCGUUUUUCUGUUCCUCUAUGUCUGUGUUCUGUCUCUUCUGUCUCCUGCUGUUGAAUAGGUUCGGCCUGGAGGGACACCAGUAUGCCAUGGCUGUCAGACUCACCCAACAGCAGUGCACCGGAAAUGUAAUAAACUUUAACAUAGGCGUGCAACCUCAGGAGGUUCAGCAAAUACUUAUGACUGGUAAUGUCUACAUAGGAAACAGGUUAAUUGCAGCCACACCUAACACCUACCAUGCUGAGUACCGUCUGUUGUGGCAUGAUGGAACCAACCCCAGCAGAAUGCAGACUCUGCUAAGAGCAGCGAAUCGUAACGAGUGCAUAGUCUUCUUCUCCACCUAUUCUCCCUGCCUGGAGAGAUGUAACGUCCUCGGAGGAGCAACCAGCAUUCUCCCCUUCAUGGAUGUCUUCAGAGCCUGGAACGACAACCAGAAAGCCUUUGUCUUCUCCUCAGUUUGGAACCCUACAAUAUCCCAUUCGUUGAUGAUCAAACCCACUAAAACGCAGGUGUUUGACUCCUUCAUGAGAAUCAAUGAAUUCAUCAAUUUAUUUCGCUGUGUCACUUACAAGGAUCCAAAGACAUUAAAGGAGAUAAAGAGUUGCCACCAUUGUAACAAUGAAAAUCGUGAAGACUGUCUGUACGGAUACAAUUAGUGUAUACUGUCUGUAAUGGUGGAUCUAUAGAACUGUAUAUUCUUUCUUUCUUUCUUUCUUUCUUUCUUUCUUUCUUUCUUUCUUUCUUUCUUUCUUUCUUUCUUUCUUUCUUUCU